UCUGAGAGAUAAUCUCUAUGCGAAGAUGUGGCAGCGGCUUUAUCUAGCUUCGGCGUCGCUCCUGCUGGUUGUUCUCAGCGGGGUGGAAGCCGCAGGGGGCCGAAGAGAUUGCGGGGGCACUUUCACCGCCGCCAGAGGCACCCUAGCCACCCCCAACUUUCCAGAUGCUUUCAAAGUGCCAAUAAGAUGCCAAUGGGUCAUAGACGCCAGCAAUAUGGUGUCGCAGAAUACUUCAAUCAUCGUGUAUCUGACGCAGUUAUUUACAUUUGAAGGUUUAACCUUCACCGAGUAUCAACUCUACGGCAGCGACUACAAAAUCAACCCGAAAAUCAUCCACAAAGUCAACGAGACCAACGUGGUACGUACCCGCUGGGUUCAAACGUACCAGAGCUUCCUGGUCAUCGAGCUGAAACUCCAAACAGCGGAGUCUUCUCAACUGAGGGUUCUAGACAAGUUCCUUGACGCUUAUGGGUUCAAUAUAACCUACGAAAUAACCAAUGGGGGUCCAAGAAGUCCAUCUUGUACUAUGACAGAUUGUGGGUUUACUGGAAUUUGCUACGAUCAUUAUACGUAA